AUGUGGCCGCCGUGCGGGACGCUCCGGACCCGGGUGGCCCUGGCGCGGUCGCGGGGAACCUGGCCCUGCGGCGGGGACGGGGCUAUUUCUUACACUCAGGGUCAGAGCCCCGAGCCCCGGACCCGCGAAUACUUCUACUACGUGGAUCAUCAGGGUCAGCUCUUCCUGGAUGACUCCAAAACGAAGAACUUCAUCACCUGCUUCAAAGACCCACAGUUCCUGGUCGCCUUCUUCUCCCGCCUGAGACCCAAUCGCAGCGGGCGCUACGAGGCCGCCUUCCCCUUUGUCUCGCCCUGCGGCAGAGAGCGCAACUUCCUGCGCUGCGAGGACCGCCCCGUGGUGGGGGUGUCCGCUGGUAAAAGGAUUUCUGGGCUCUUCCCUCUUGGGGCCUUCAUCCCUGCUCGGGCCGGCCCCUCUACACCGACCUGCAUCUGGGGGGGUGCCCGCGUGGGCAGCACCGCCCUGAGUUCUGAGGAGGAAGCCAAGAAUCUUCUCUACUUGAGAGGCCUUGCAGGGAGGCUGGAUGGGUGA